AUGCAAUUGUACUCUCUCUUGGUCUUGGCCGUUGCCGAAUUAGCAGCGGCUGAGCAAGUUCUCCCCAAGCAAGCUAUCGGCGGCAUAUCUGCCCGACAGCUCUUCGCCAAGUCGGAGCCAGUUUUCGAGUUCUCAAAACGAGCCUCCUGUGACAUUGGCCAGGUAACAUGCCACGACGGCUGUAUCCCCAUCGGCGGCCAAUGUUGCGCCUCAACAGGCUGGUGCAAGAUCGGUACCGUCUGUGACGAGAAACUCGGCGGUUGCUGUCCGAUCGGUAAGACUUGCACCAGCGGUCCUCCCGGAGGCCCGACCUGCGACGCCGGAUACACACCCUGCAAGGAUAAGUGUAUGACCAUCGGGGGAGACUGCUGCGGUGACGGCACCUUCUGCAAAGCUGGCUCCAAGUGCAAUGGCAACGGUGGAUGUUCCGCCGGCGGUGGUGGCGGCGGAGGCGGUGGUAACCAGUGCCUCUCAACUCAAGAAGCUUGCAAUGACAAGUGUAUGCCAAGGGGAUCCGUUUGCUGCGGCAAUGGCAGAUACUGCAUGUCAGGAUAUAGCUGUGUCAACGCCGGUCUGAACUGCUCUCCUGGUGGUGGAGGCGGCGGCGGUGGUGGUGGAGGCAACCAAUGUCUCUCUACCCAGGAAGCAUGCAACAAUAAGUGUAUGCCCAAGGGCUCCGUCUGCUGCGGAAACGGAAGAUACUGUCUCUCGGGAUAUACCUGCGUCAACGCUGGCCUCAACUGCGCUCGUGGAGGUGGCGGCGGCGGCGGCGGCGGCGGUGGUGGUGACACGACUGCCGCACCAGAGACGACCGCCCAACCGACUUACAGCUUGACAUCAGAUGAAGGAUCUGGCGCCGCGCCCACCGACAAUCCUCCCGUUGAGACGACUUCUCAGGGUUCACCAACUGACGCAAAUCCUACACCUACCGAUACUGGUGCCGGGACGGCCGCGGGAACAAAUGCGCCUACACAGACGAAGGCGCCGGGUGCUGCUGGCAUUGUACAGGUGCCUUUGGUUUUGGGAGCUGUGGCAAUGGCUCUUCCUUUGGUUUUGUAA